UCUAAGAUGGCGUCAAUGCAGUUAACGGAUGAGGAGCUUUUCUCCGAAUUAAAGCGCUUUGGUUUCACUCCAGGCCCGGUUACCGAAAACACCCGCCCGGUAUAUUUGAAGAAACUGAAGAAGCUUCGCGAAGAGCAGCAGCAGCGGGGCUCCAGGUCGGGUAAAACCCGUAGCAGCGGGGCCAUCAACAGCACCACUGGCGGCGGCAACACGGCGGGAUCCAGGCCAGCCAGCCAUGACGUCACGCACCUGAGCUCUAACAGGAGACCGGGCCGGAAGUCCUCCGUCCUCGGAUUCAGCUCCGACGAGUCUGACGCUGAAACUCCACUGAAAAGAAAGGGCCUCAACCACAGCGGUAGGGCGGACCGAAGCCCCGGUUUUCAACCACAACCGAAGAUAAGGCCCGUUGCAACACCGACUGUGGCUAACAAGAAUCAGUAUGGCGCAGGGAGUACGCUGAAUAGCAGCAGUUCUUCCCCGGGUCCGGACGGACAGAGAGGUGUCUCGCUGGGCUGGGGAGUUCGUGCCAGAUCCAGCCCUGAGGCGGAAGGGAGGGAUUACGACGAAUCGGGAGACGAGGACGAUAAUGAGGGGGAAACGGAGAAGAACUCUCGCUCUUUAAAUGGUUGUGGGGCGUCUCACUUGAUCACUAGCAAGUUAGCUGGGGAUUACUCAGACUCGGACGAGGAGGAGGUUGGGGCCCUUGGCGCCGGAGACCGACAGCGGGAUAGGCUGGAGCAUAGACGGAGCCACCCGAAAGCGGCGUUCUCUUCACACGGAGUCGGCCGAGGGUCUCAGACGGGAGGGGCGUCCAGACAGGUUAACCCGCCUGGGAGUCUAAACAUGGUGGGAAGUCGGAGGGUGGAGGCGGGGGAAGACGACGUAAAGAGACGGGACUCGGACCCAUCGGGAGGCUUGCGGAGCCACAACUUUCCCAGGAAGUCCAUCUACGUGUCCCUCGCCGAGAACCAUGGAAGAGAGGCCGGCAAAAACAACCACGUCGACAGCGAGGACGGAUCCUCCAGGAGCAGCAGCAGCAGCACGAAUAGGUUCAGCAUCGGGCUGAGACCGCGCUUUACCAACUACAGCAGCCUGUCCCAGCCUUACAGGGGCAACCACUCCAACCACACCGCUCCCAACCACUCAUACAGCCAGGCGGCCCUGAAGCAGAAGCUGUCUGUCCCGGAGGAUGAGCUGCUCCAGCAGUUCAAAAGGGAAGAGGUGGCCUCCUCUGGUAGCUUUAGCGCUCACUACCUGUCCAUGUUCCUGCUCACGGCAGCCUGCCUCUUCUUUCUGCUGCUAGGCCUCAUGUACCUUAGGAUGAGGGGCUCUGGGUCCUCAGAUGUGGAUGGAGUCAUUAAGAGCCACCCGUUUGGCGUCGAGUUUGACUCCACUUAUGACAAGGCAGAGAAGGAGCUGAUCCUAAAGCUGCUGCUCAAUCUGCACGACCACCUGGCCUACAUCGCUGGCCAGCAUGACUGUGGAGACCAGAAGUGUCCAAACAGGAGUCUGUCCAUAGACGAGGCCUCUGAAUAUUUACUGGCCCAGAAUAAGGAGUUUGAGGACUUCAUUCACACGUCUCUGGAGUGGAUCAUCCGGACAGGCCAGGAUGUUGGGAUAAGGCUGACCGGGCAGGUAGCUGAUGAUCCAGUGACUGAUGUGUCCGAGGUCUCUUGGCUGGAGUCCACACAUCCCAAGAUGCCCUUCACGUGCCGCUUCCGCCGAGCCUUCCUCACCGUCAUCAGCAGAGUCUUCCUCAUCGCAGUCGUGGUAGGCUGCGUGUGGAGUGUGGUCUGCUACGUGAAGUAUCGCUGGAGGAGAGAGGAGGAGGAGACCAGGCAGAUGUAUGACAUGGUGGAGAGGAUCAUCGAUGUGUUGAGGAGUCACAAUGAGGCUUGCCAAGAAAACCAGGAGCUGCAGCCCUACCUGCCCAUCCCCCACGUCAGAGACUCCCUGGUUCAGCCUCAGGACCGAAAGAAAAUGAAGAAGAUUUGGGAGCGGGCCGUGAGCUUCCUCUCCGCCAACGAGUCCAGGAUUCGAACGGAGACUCAGAGGAUUGGCGGCUCGGACUUCCUGGUCUGGAGGUGGAUCCAGCCUUCUCUCAGUUGUGACAAGACCUCCUUGAUGCCCUCUAAAGUCUGGCAGGGAAAAGCUUUCCCUCUGGACCGGAGGAACUCACCUCCCAACAGCCUGACUCCAUGUCUGAAGAUCAGAAACAUGUUCGACCCAGUCAUGGAAGUUGGGGAGAACUGGGAUCUCGCCAUCCACGAGGCCAUCCUGGAGAAGUGCAGCGACAACGACGGCAUCGUCCACAUCGCCGUCGACAAGAACUCGCGAGAGGGCUGCGUCUAUGUGAAGUGUCUCUCUGCAGAGCACUCAGGGAAAGCCUUCAAGGCACUUCAUGGCUCCUGGUUUGAUGGUAAGCUGGUGACGGUAAAGUACCUGCGUCUGGACCGGUACCACCAGCGCUUCCCACAGGCACAGGGCUGCAGCACGCCUCUGAAGGCCUCCAGCCUCCACCUGAGCACCACAGACACUACACCCAGCCUGCAGCACCACGGCUCAGCCAACUGUUCGGGCUUCUCAUGAGAUGACCAUAAGCAUUAAAUUUAGCGUUCUUUUCUGUGCCCUCCCUGCAUCACAGCACCAGUCUGCUGCUGCUCCUUCACUGCUUUAUAACGGGGAAGACUUCAGUCUGUGCCAUGGGAGAGCUUUUUUUUUUUUUUUUUUUUUUUUUUGUUUCCUUAAACAGGAUCUUUG